AUGGCGUGGAUCGCGAGCGCAGCGUGGCAAGCAUUGACAGAUUUGUGGCACCAUCCACCGAGCCUGGAUCCUGCGACGGUCAAUAGGGUUGUGCGCUUCUUGGUCGACAGCGUGGUGGGCGUUGGUCUCUUUUUCCUGAAUGCGGGCACAGCUGUGAUCUCUGGGGUCGCCGCCGCCUUGCUGCGCGGGGUAGGCCUCUUCUUUGUCACUUCGGUCACGCUGGCUGGAACCUCGGUCAUGGUCAUUGUCUUCGUGUGGUUGUGGAUGCAGGCAGGGCCGCUCUUGCGAAACAACAUGGCGCUGAACGGCGUUACUCAGCUUCAGGCGGCGACUGCAAGGGCCCGGCUGGUCGCGGGGUGCUUCGUCGUGAUCCCCUGGACGGGAGUCAUUUUCCAGGUCGCAGGAAUGGUGUUCAGCCCGCUCGCGUCAGGUGACGAAGCAGCUAUCCUGUCGCUCGGCUCCUUUGCUACAGCGUUGUGCGGCCUUCUCUAUUUUGCAGGAGUCUCGGGGGUCAGGGGAUUCAUAAUGAGGUCCAAGAGGGCGACGGGAGCAAGGGUGUUGUCAGUCAUGCAGCGCGUUUCCAUGAUUUCGGCGCCGGCCCUGCACCUCGGAUUGAUGCAUUCGUCAGAUGUCGUGAGGCGCCUCAUCCAGGAGAAGAUCAGAAUCGAGAUGUUCCACAUCGCGGCGAAUUCCACCGUGGCCGAAGUGAACGCAGCCGUUACGAACCACUUGAACGCUUCCAAUUUUGCGAUGGUGGUGACCUCGCCUCCCCAGGCCUUUGCUAUGAUCGUCGCUACCAUCCUGGUUGCCAUUUGGUUGAUGGGCGUGCCCAAUGCGCUCGCAAUAGCGACGGCGCUGAUUGGUCAAGCGGUUCGAUCUGGCUCAUUCGCUACAGCUGCCGCGAUAGACCAGGAGGCUCAGGACAUCACUCAGUGGCUCACCUGGCAGACGAGUGCGGGAGCUAUUAUUCGCAGCGACUGGCUAGCUGGCGACUUGGACGCAAAGCAAUGGGCUUGCAUGAUUUGGCCUGCGGCGCACAGCGCUAAGGCCAACAACGAGAGGGAAACGAAGGCGCUCGAGAGCAAUCUCAACUGGGUGGCUAAGCUCGUCUUUCCUGGCAAGGAAACGUCCGUUCAGGUGCGGAAUCACGUGAGCGGGGCGUUCAUGGAAUGUUCCAUACUCCGAUUCGUGAAGGAAGGGGUUGUGGCGCCAUCGUUGCUCGGCGCGAAGUGGAACAGCACGGUCAGAGAACCCAUGAACGCGGUCAUUUCGAUACUCUUUUUCGGAGGCAUCCGGCGGUCGUCAAUUGAAGCUUCGGCUGAUGCGUCUGCCAACGAAGAGCUCUGGGCACCCUGCGCGCGCACCGUGAAUGGCCUCGGGAGCUUCUCGGUGGACAAAACCACUGGCAACCAGGCUGAUUUCGUCGAAGGCGCUGUGGGCGGCGGUCUCGAUGAAGCAUGGACGAAGAGCAUGCUGGACGGCGCAAAGGAAUGCCCGGAUCCUCGCACCUUCGUCAUCUGGAUGAAUCUCCACAACGUCGUGUUCUCGAAGAAGAAGCUGCAGAAAAAUAUCAUCCUCCUCCAAGGGCCUCCGGCAGUCGCUGGUUACCCGAGCAUAGGGGACGCUGUGGGCGCUGCGAUCUUCCGGGAUGGGACCGAGAUGAGGGCGGCGUCAGGAGCAGAGGUUACUGGGAGCUGGCUGGGACAGAUCCAAUCGGUCAUGGUCACUCACGGCGGCACACCAGCCAACGUGACGUUCGGGCAGAUCUCCGGCAACGCGCUGAAUCAGGGCCACGGAGUGAAAGACGACGCAACCACGCAAUCGAUGUGCGCGGCGAUCCAGGCUGGGUCCUUGACGGCUAUCACAGGACGCCCCAUGGCCACGCCAGUGCCGGUGGUCAGCCACGUGACGGGGAGUGUCUACGUGCCGAUGGCUGACGCUAUCAAGGACGUUUUUGCGACGGCGACGGGCCUUCCGGCGUUCCACAUGCCGCCGGGUGGAACGAGCUGGCCGGUGGUGCCGCGCUUGCCCACUGGCUCAAAACAGUUCCUUGUGGGGACGGAACUGAUGCUCAACGCGGGGCACGCGGGUAUCCCGCCGCGGCGGCUGGAGGCUUCACAGAGGCCCAGGGCUGCGCAGGAACGGUCGGGCGCGCCCGCCGAUGGCGGCGCCGCAGGGGAGGCGCCGCCGCCGCCGGAGGCGCACACGUUGAUACCGUCGCCCCAGCUGCACUUCAACGCGCCGCCGCGCCGGCAGUUCCUGGAGCUGCGCAGCUCGGCCCCGGACCUGGAAGAGGCGGCCGUGCAGGCCGAGGACUGCGGCGGCCGCGGCGGCCGGCACCAGGAGCGCGGCAGGCGCGCGGGCCGGCACCAGGACCGGCGGAAGACCGAGAGCCAGGGCGACCCACAGGCGACCGACGGCGAGCCGGGGGGGGCCAGCGGCAGGCACCGGAGGAAGGGGCAGCAGUCCCGGCGGAAGCCCUCCACCCGCACCCUGCUCCGCGACGAGUUCGCCAUGCGGCAGGAGCCAGACGAUGAGAGCGCCGAGGCCGACUCGUCCAGCACCGACGGCGGCGCCUGCCCCGACGCGUCGGACGGUCGUCUUGGCCACGAAGGGGAUAGUGGCCGCUGUAUCAGCGAAGCGAGCAACCACGUCAUGCGCAUGGAGCCCCUCAUCAUGCAGCUGGAGCAGCAUGACCAGGCGCUGCGCUUGCUGACGGCGGACCAGGCUUCGCCGCCGUCCGCCAGCGAGGAUCUGUCCGACUCCUCCGCGCGCCUCGUCGGCCUCCAGAGCACCGAUCCUCUCGGCGCCCUCUGGGGCUUCCUUGGGCCGCCUGGCACCCAGACGGAGAGGCCGGCGGGGAACACCGCCGCAGAGGGCUCCUCCCAGGCCCCGCUGGUCGAGAGGCUGGUGCGGGAGCUCAGCACGCCCACCAACAUGGAUCGCAUGCACCGGGCGCUGGAGAGCAGGGGGAGCAGCCCCUCCACUCGGUCAAGCUCUGCUUCCUCGGGCACGCGCGCGCGGGCAAGACCUCCACGCUGCUGUCGCUGGCUGGCGGCAGCUUCGACCCGCAGCAGCCAAGUACACACGGCGUGGACACGCGGACCUGCACGCUGGCCACGCAGCUGCUGCAGGCCGCCUCGGAGGCGGAGGGCGCCGCCCGCGAGCCGUGGGGCGAGCUGGAGGGCGCGCGCAGCGUGGGGGACCUCCUCGAGGAGAGCGCGUGGCGCUGACAGUGGCGCGGAAGCUCUCCGGCACUCCGCGACGCGCGCGGGAGGUGCCCAGCAGCGGCGAGGAGGCCGCGGCAGCGGGCGCCCCCGCGGUUCCAUUGCCCAGAGAAGAGGAGAGCAUCCAGGGCGGCUCGCGGCGGCGGGAGGUACUCAAGAUGCCCGUGGACCUCAUCGCGGCCGAGCUCUGGGCGAGGAGGGCCAGCCGAUGGGCGGCGCGGACGAGGGCCAGCCGACAGUGAUGCAGACGUGGGACUUCGCCGGCCAGGAAUAG